ACAUCAGCCCGAUACGCGGUACCGUCGUGCGCCCACAUUCGCGAUUUAACGUUGAUUUCGCGACCGCGUCGCGUGUUUCUCCGCGCGAGCCAGCGCCUUCGCGACGCCAAAAAAGUCAUCGCCACACGGCCAUGUUUGCCGAGGCGAUAUCGUGCUCUCUUUCCACGAACGUCCGAUGGCGAUCGACCCAAGUUUCCUCGUCGCGGUUGAACGUCGAGUAUCCUCGCGAACGAUAUGUUCGCGGACCGCGGCAUCGGCGUCGCUUACGCAAACCUCCCCUGAGACGUCUCGGAACGUUACCGCGAAACAGCGCGAAUCCCAUGAGAUUACGCGCAUCCCUUCUUUCAUCAAAGAUUUAUUAUGGAGCAACUCAGCGAAGGACAAGCGGUUGUAGUCGGUAGUACCGGUGGGGCUGUACAAGUUGUUCAAAUGGGCCAAGGUGGACAAACCAUGAUGCUUCCACAAGCGAUACAAGUAGCAGCGACACAAGUAGCGCCUAAUGGACAGAUCCAAGUUGUUCCAGUUUCUAGCCUGACCAGUACUGGUCAACAGAUAGUUAUUCAGCAACCACAAACGCCACAAAUUAUUCAAACUCCCGAUGGACAAACCUAUAUCUAUCAACCUGUGCAAUUAGAAGGUCAAGUGCAACAAGCCCAACCAACAGUUAUAAAUCUUAAUGGUAAUCUCAUGCAAAUUGCUGGUACAACAUCACAGACUGCAACUACUGCUGCUAGUACAACCCCAGUCCAACCGUUAGGUAGUCCUACAUCAACAGUGUCACAAGGAGGAAACGUUGUCAUGAUGGUACCAGGUAAUAGCGGACAAACACAAUUCCAAAGAGUGGCAUUGCCUAAUGCAGAACUUCUCGAAGAAGAACCACUAUAUGUCAAUGCAAAACAGUACAGGCGGAUAUUGAAGCGUCGUCAAGCUCGUGCUAAAUUGGAAGCUGAAGGGAAGAUACCCAAGGAAAGGCCAAAAUAUCUCCACGAAUCUCGUCAUCGACAUGCGAUGAAUAGAAUUCGUGGUGAAGGUGGCCGUUUCCAUUCAGGUCAAGUGAAAAAACGAAAUAGACAAAAUGCAAAUCGCUCCACGAUUACCCAGCACAUCACAACCUCAACCAGCACCGAUAACGUUCAUACUGUAGCAAUAGCAGCUGCAAAUGUAGGUGUACAAUAUCACGACACAGACAAUAUGGUAUCCACGAUUGUACUUGAAAAGCCAAAUAUUCCUCUGCAAGAUAUGAUCUCUGAUGACGACAUUGUUACCACAAACAGUCGCUUGAUGUAGAUAAUUUUGGAUAAUAAUUGGGUUAAAAAAAGGAACAAGAAUCAUGUGUCAGUGAUUAUAUUGAACAUCUACAUUUUUU